GGGUUGGCUCCACUACCAGGCCUUGCUGUUCCAUUGCUAUGUCCUUGCCGGGGAGCAGACGACCCUCCACUGGAUCCCGAAGUUGUGAGUUUUACGGGAAGAGUGGCUUUGCCUCGUUCUUUAAGCCUGCGGCGCCCGCUGCCACUCCGACUGAGAAACAGCUUCUUCUUCCUGCCUCCAGGCGCCCCUCCCCACCCGUCAGCAUGCGGGACACCUACGGCACCGCCUCGCUCAGCAGCAGCAGCAACUCCGGCUCCUGCAAGGGCAGCGACAGCAGCCCCACCCCAAGGCGCCCGAUGAAGUACCUGCUGUGUAGCGACAACCAUGGCAUCAAGCCUCCGACCCCGGAGCAGUACUUGACGCCCCUCCAGCAGAAGGAGGUCUGUAUCCGGCACCUGAGGGCCCGGCUGAAAGACACUCACGAAAGACUCCAAGACAGAGACUCUGAGAUCGAUGAUCUAAAGAUGCAGCUCUCACGGAUGCAGGAGGACUGGAUCGAGGAAGAGUGCCAUCGUGUCGAGGCCCAGCUGGCUCUGAAAGAGGCCCGAAAGGAAAUCAAACAGCUGAAGCAGGUGAUCGACACUGUCAAGAACAACCUCAUCGAGAAGGACAAAGGGCUCCAGAAAUACUUUGUGGACAUCAACAUUCAGAACAAGAAGCUGGAGACUUUGUUGCACAGCAUGGAGGUAGCACAGAACGGGACGGUGAAAGAGGAAGGCGCCGCCGAGUCAGCAGGGGGCUCCCCGGCUCGCUCGCUCACACGCAGCUCCACCUACACGAAGCUGAGCGAUCAGGGGGCGGCCGACAGGAACGUGGGGGGUUCCCAGACCAUCUCGGUGGACGAAAUGGCAGACAGCGGCUUCGUGGCUGCCGACGACUCUCUGAGCCGGACUGACUUGCUGGAGCAGAGCAGCCUGUUGUCCUCCGGGGUGGACUGCGGUGGAGACGAGACCUCCAUCCAGACCUCGUCCACCCUGGGCUCCCGGAUGCCAACCAGCUCCACAUACGAGAAACUGAUGGGGUCUCAGCACAGCGUGGAGGCUGCCGUUCAGGCCAGCUGUAUGCAGGAGCAAGCCAUACAGACGGACUUUGUGCACUACCAGCCGGAUCUUGAUACGAUCUUGGAGAAGGUCCUGAAGUCUCAGGCCUGCGGUGCGGGCAACCCCACGGCGGGAUGGGCGUCCGAAGUGGUGGAGGGCGUCGAGCCAAAUAACUCGGAGGUUUGCAUCCAAAAUUGCCCCGAUGGGAACGUGGAUUUGGCAGCCGCCGAGCCCAACUUGGCCAUGGUGGUGUCUGCAGGUGUCUGUGCCGAGGAUCCCGAUGGGCCGCCCGGUUACCCGAGGUCGGUAGACGACAACAACCCAGCCGUGCACCAGCCAUCCGGCGACAGCCAGUCCAUCAGCGUCAUGUGCGCCCUGAACGAAGAGGCUGCUGACCAGAGCCAAGAAGAGGCGGCAGCUGCGUCCAUCGAGCCCAAAAGUUACUGGAGCCGCCACUUCAUUGUGGAUCUGUUGGCCAUUGUGGUGCCGGCAGUGCCGACGGUCGCCUGGCUGUGCCGCUCUCAGCGGAGGCAAGGCCAGCCCAUCUACAACAUCAGCUCCCUCUUGCGGGGCUGCUGCACGGUCGCUUUGCACUCCAUCCGCAAGAUCAGCUGUCGCUCGGUCACCAGUCCCAGCGGCCCCGCCUCCCAGCCGUGACUCCGCCUUCCCGCCCAGCCAACCGCAUCGCGCACACGCUUUUC